AUGUCUGGUCGCGGAAAGGGCGGAAAGGGCCUCGGCAAGGGCGGCGCCAAGCGUCACCGCAAGGUUUUGCGCGACAACAUCCAGGGUAUCACCAAGCCCGCUAUCCGUCGUCUUGCUCGCCGUGGUGGUGUCAAGCGUAUCUCUGGUCUCAUCUACGAGGAGACUCGCGGUGUCCUCAAGAUCUUCCUCGAGAACGUCAUCCGCGACUCGGUCACCUACACUGAGCACGCCAAGCGCAAGACUGUUACCUCGCUCGACGUCGUCUACGCUCUCAAGCGCCAGGGCCGCACCCUCUACGGUUUCGGCGCCUAA